AUGGCCGCUUACAAUCCAGAGAACACAGAUUUGGUGGCACACAGAGCCUCUGGAGAGACCUCCAUUGGGAUCCUCACUAUGAGGAUUGCUGUGCCUCAGAACGGCCGAACUCCCUACACCCCAGAGUGGAGGAGUGGGGAAACCGUCAGCGUGGAGCUGGAUGUGUGCAGCACCUUCAUGGGCCUGAAGGACCACCUGGAUGAUGGAAUAGGCCACAUCCUGGACCUGGGGCUAGAUUUGGACUACCUCCAUGUGGAGAGCACCGACCGGCAGCCUGACGUGAUCACUCCCUGGCCCCCGGCCAAGGACAAGUCGCCCACCCCGGACCCAGCGCCCACCCCGGACCCAGCGCCCGCCGACCCCCCCUCACAGGAGCCCAACCCCCCGGACGCGCUCAGGGAGUACCGCACUAAAAUGGAGUUCGCCCUGAAGCUGGGCUACGCCGAGGAGCUGGUGCGGCUCGUGCUCAGCAAACUGGGGCCCGACGCGCUCAUCAACGACGUGCUGGGAGAGCUGGUCAAACUGGGAAACAAGGCGGAGGGGGAGCAGAGCGGGGCGUCUGCGGCCGCGCAGUCCUCCUCCUGCUGCUCCUCCUCCCUGGCCUCCUCCUCCUCCGUGUUCCUGGCUGAUUCCGACUCCCACCGAGCCAACACCCCUCCGCUUAUGGAUCUGCUGGACGACGAGGGCAACCUGAGGCCUGUAGUCCUGGACGGCAGCAACGUGGCCAUGAGCCACGGGAACAAGGAGGUGUUCUCCUGCCAGGGCAUCCUGCUGGCUGUGGACUGGUUUCUGGAGCGGGGCCACAAAGACGUGACCGUGUUUGUGCCGGCCUGGAGGAAGGAGCAGUCCCGCCCCGAUGCGCUCAUCACAGACCAAGAGAUUCUGAGGAGGCUGGAGAAGGAGAAGAUUCUGGUGUUCACCCCAUCGCGGCGUGUCCAGGGCCGCAGAGUGGUCUGCUAUGACGACCGCUUCAUCGUCAAGCUGGCCUACGAGUCCGACGGCAUAAUCGUAUCCAACGACAACUACAGAGACCUGGCCAAUGAGAAGCCGGAGUGGAAGAAGUUCAUCGACGAGCGGCUGCUCAUGUACUCCUUUGUCAAUGAUAAGUUCAUGCCUCCGGACGACCCCCUGGGACGCCAUGGGCCCAGUCUGGAGAACUUCCUGAGGAAAAGGCCCAUCAUCCCAGAGCACAAAAAGCAGCCCUGCCCUUAUGGAAAGAAGUGCACUUACGGGCACAAGUGUAAGUUCUACCACCCGGAGAGGGGGCCCCAGCCUCAGCGGUCCGUGGCCGAUGAGCUACGGGCCAGUGCCAAAAACUCCACUGCCAAGAUCCUGGGGAACCCAGGGCUGGUGAAGAGCCACAGUCUUCCCUCCAGUGUCCGACCUGAUGUGGGCCUGGACUCCAAACGCGGUGCCUCCAAGAGGCAGUCUGACCCCAGCAUCCGCACCAUCUUCUACAGUGACCCGGAGGACAGGCUCAACUCUCGAGCCAAGAUGGAGGUGCGCAAGAACAACAACGGCCCCACCCCUCCUCCUCUUCCUGUUCCUCCUGCCCCGGCUCCGCCUGUCCACUGCUACCCUCACAGCCAAAGGGCGCCCCCUAUAGGUGCACCCCCACUGAAGCCCCAUGGGACCACCCCGUUAGCGUAUCCGGAGCGGUACCCCGAGGGAGAGUCCCUGGAUAUCGGCUACUAUUCCAUGGUGAAGGCGUACUCAGGGCUGGGCCUGUCGGCGGGGCGUAGCCCGGAGCGGCGUUUCCCCGGCGAGGCCGACCUGCGGAUCAGCUCGGUGGCGUCGGACUGCAGCAGCGAGGGCAGUGUGAGCUGCGGGAGCAGCUCCGACUCCUUCAGCGCCGGCUACAGCGAGCGAGCCUGCAUGAGCUCCCCCGACUCCCUGCUGGAGGACAACCUCAAGUGCCACCACCCACACCCACACCCCUACCCGCCGACCCAACCGUUCGUCCAUGGCUCUCAGACCCGGGGACACAGUUUUGGGUACGAGGCACCAUCGAAUCAUCACUUCAAGCACCCCCUUCCUUACCUGCCCCCGCACGUUCAGCACACACCCAUGACCGUGCGGGCCACCUGCCCUGGAGACUACCCUCCUCUUCCCCAGACCUCUCCCCGGUCCCAGGGCUCCCCAAUGGGCCACGGCCUGGGGUCCACCAGGGUGGAGAGCACCUCAGACUCGCGGCUGUACGACCUCUCCCCGCUCAACCCCAGAACGCCCUUCUCUGGGCAGGAGCACUUGGGCAGCUGGGAGGGGUUCCACCAGCACAAGCACCAGCAGAAGCCCCAGCCAGCACAGCCCUGCCAUGAACAGUUUGCCUUCCAGACACCCCCCGAGAGCCGACAGCAGGCCUGGCGUCUGCCGUGGGGGCACCCCGCCUACCCCCCAGCCUACCCCAACCCCGCCCCUGCCCCCCAGCAGCCGCUCCAGCCCCCCUCCCUCAGCCGCUACCACGACGUGCGCGACAAGGUUUUCAUGAACCUGUGCAACAUCUUCCCCGCCGAACAGGUGCGGCUCGUGAUGGAGAGGAGCCCGCACGUGACCGACGCGCAACAACUGGCGGCCGCCAUCUUGGCAGAGAAGUCACAGCUAGGCUACUGA